AUGGACCACGAUAUUGCUACUACAGCUGUUGGUAUCGUGUUCUUAGUGACUUACAUCAUCAUACUCUCAGUAGCGUAUUCUGGAUUUUACUGCAUUUUAAGAUCAUAUGCUGUUCCUAAAAAAUUGACUGCUAAGGGAUUCUUAUCGACGUCCAUUUCACUGGCAUCAUUGGCUUCAACAGAUGAUAAUGAUGAUGACGAACGGAGUGAUGUACAAUCAAUCGGAGUGACCAUAAUACGUCCCAUCAAAGGAAUAGACCCAGAAAUGUACACCUGUCUCAAGUCAUCUUUCGAACAACAAUAUCCUAGUGACAGAAUUCAGAUUCUACUUUGCGUGGAUGAUGCUCAAGACCCACUGAUCCCCUUGCUACAUCAAAUAUGCAGUGAAUAUCCUGACAUCGACCUGGAAGUUUUAGUGGGACACGAUUAUUAUGGACCUAAUCCCAAAGUUAAUAACUUGUACAAAGGAGUAGAGCGAGCCAAAUUCGAUUUACUAUGGAUCAUGGAUUCUAACGUCUGGGCCAAUCGUACGGUGUUGCGGAACAGUGUUUUAACAUACCAAUAUCAAUUGAAUAACGGGAAAAGAGUUAAUGAUUCCAGAAAGGUUAAACUAGUUCAUCACGUUCCUACGGCACUAAGCAUUUCAUCGAUCAGUGAACCUUCAAAUUCCACCAAGCAUUUAGGAGCUGAAUUGGAUGAGAUGUUUCUUCUUACUUCGCACUCCAAGUUCUAUAUUCUGUUGAAUAACUUGUCUAUUGCACCAUGUGUGAAUGGGAAACUGAAUCUUUAUUCCAAGGCAGAUAUCACGACAGCCGUACUGGGAAUACACCAUCAACUGAUGCCCACUAAAUUCUUUAGUCAUCAAGAAGUCAUUGAUGAUGCAGGCCACUCCAAACACAUUGAUUUCUUUGCCAGAUACAUUGGUGAAGACAACAUGAUCGGUAUAGGCUUGUGGGAACAAUUGCAUGGAAGAACAUCUGGCUUGACUGGGGAUAUAGUGGUGCAACCAUUGGGUGGGAGCGAUAACCUGGUGAAAGAUUAUAUCAAAAGAAGAGUGCGGUGGCUCAGAGUCCGGAAAUACAUGGUUCUUAUGGCUACAUUGGUUGAACCUUUAACCGAGUCAUUAGUAUGUGGAAUCUAUGGUACUGUCGGCUGCGGCAAGAAGAUCGACGACUUGGCCAUUUUGACGGGCGACCAAGCGUAUUGCUCCAACUGUUUCAAAUGUCGUCUGUGUAAGAAACAGAUUGAAGAUCUACGGUACGCUCGAACGUCCAAGGGUCUUUUCUGUAUGACCUGUCACGAGAAACUUGUGGCGAAGAAAAAGAAGUAUGAUGCCAGGAAGAAGGCAGCUUCUAGGUAUAAAGAGGAUCAGACAAUUAAUGGUGGCACUGGCACUGGCACUGGCACUGGCAUCGCCUCCGCUGCUGCCACUCCACGCGAUACCUUUGCCAGUGACACCACGUCCAUCUUAAGCGAAACUCUGCUAACCAAUCAGGAUUCUCCCAGUAUCAACGCCACAGAGACAAACCGGUCGAGUUUCCAGCUUCAGAAUGCUUCCAAUACUUCACUCAGAUCAAAAGUGAACAAGUCUCUUCCUCCUUGUCCCGAUACUUCCUUACCCAAUACGCCAGAUGCUCACCAUUCCGCCAGAAAUACUGCUCCUGCUGCCAGCACUGCCGGAACCCCUCCUUCUGGCCAUAAACUCAUGUCGACUCCUUCGUCAACAGCUUCCAGGGGGCCAAACAAGCACCGUUCAGUGGCAUCAGGUAUGUCAGGCCCAAGCAUCGACGACCUCCACGAGGCUCCUUCCAAAAGCGUCUACGAGUCCAUUGAAGAGGUCAAUGAUUCAGAUGAAGAAUUGAACAAGAGGAAAGGCAGAGCACCGGCAGCAGAGUUACCUCUUAGUUCUAACACAAACCAGUCAGGUUCACUGAUCUUCUUGGACAUAAUCAACACCGACACUUUCCCAGAGGACAAUAAUAAUAAUAAUAGCCACGGCACUAACGAAUCCACUCCCAUGUUACAGCCUCCGUUGUCGUUUUCACCAGAUGGAGAGACACCGCCUUCUAUGAAUAAAACCAUGUCUGCAUCUUCAGGAAGCACGACUGACUCACAAGGUACCACCACAAGUGGCAACAACCACAAUAAUCAUGAAGAGCAUCAUUCAAAUAUGUCUGCAGCGUCUUCACUACCAACUGCAAACCGUGUGCAGAAUGACGUGACUGCCACAAAUGUUAAUGGCAAGAAUAUACUAAUUCUUUCACCACACACAAUACAAGAACCAAGAGUCAGUAGUCACAGCAGUCAGAGUCAGCAGCAGCAGCCCCAUCCUCACGGUUCGGAUUCCACUUUGGCUGAUCCUAAUGGAACCCCAGUGACGUCAACGUCAAUUUCAACCAACGACACCGAUUCGUUUAAAAACCCUCCAUCGUCCAAUUCCUCCUCAAAGCUCACACCCAAACCUGAUUCAGCCAGUAGCAAGUUGGAUGUUGACUAUGCCAAUUCUCGAUCACGGUCGAAUUGUUCUUCUCCAUUGGCGAAAGCUAACAGACAAGCUCGAGUGGUUGAGCCAGACUAUAUUAAUGACGAGAUCGAAGGUGAUACAAGCACAUUGAACGAUGCACUCUCCACUCCAGUUCUUUCAAACGAGCAGCACGAGCAACAGCUGGAUCACAGUGAUCCAAUGACCCCAAGCAAACCGAAGAAGACUGCCCCUUUCACUGAUGGUACCUCGCAUUGCGUCGACACUAAUAGAAGCAGCAGCAAUAGUGCACGUGGAUUGGGACUAGAGGGGGUUGGAGAUCUUGCAGACUAUCAAGAAUGCAUUGACUAUUUAAAGCAGCAACAGGAUCUCAGACUGAGAGAGGCCGAGAGUACUACAAAGACUGUUGAUCCCUUUGAACAGUCUACAGAUACAGCCGCUUCUGCUGAAGCUAACACUACGAUCGACUCUAUUGGCAGCACGACUUCCCCUAAAGCCAGUAACCGUGUCUUAUCAUCAGGAUCUUCCGAGGACCAACAACAAGGUAGUUUUGGAAGAAGAAACACGCUUUUGAAGUCUGCUAAGCUUGGUCUCAGACAUAAACGUUCGUUAUCUGGUGGUAACAGCACCAACAACAACAAUAAAGAGCCAUCAUCCACAGGUAAAUUGGCUUCAUUUUUCAAGUCUAAUAGGAUUAACGAAGACUACAGUCAUACUACUAAUGCUGGCUCUGCUUCAUCUCCACCUUCAUUCCAUAGAAGACAAACUUCCGAGUCAUCAGUACAUAGUGGAACUGCGUUUGCUACACCACCGUUACCAUCACCACUGUCACAUUUCAAGGAUCACUACCGGUCCAGUUCCGACAAUUCGCAGUUCUUGACCAGCCUAGAGAAGAUCUCCGACCCGGAGAAGCAACAAGUGGCCGAAGAAGUAAGAAAACUCCGGUUGGAGAGGUUAAGAUUGAAUGAUCAGUUGAAGGAAAUCAGAGGCAGAAUUAAUCAAGAGUCCAGCAAGUUGGAGAAUCUUGCUAAAGACGUGGAAUCACUAGAGAAGAAGAAACGGUCGCUUUUGGAUUCAAAUAUUGUUUUAACCAAACAGAACCAACAAUUGGAACAAGUUUUGAAGUUGGAGAAGCAAAUAUCAAAGGACCAUCACGGAGCCCCCCAAGCACCACCACUACAUUCAUCAUCGUUUGAAACCAAUGGCAGUAUCGGUUCCCAGACAGUCACCAUACUUGACGAGAACGAGCCUUUAGAGACCAGCAAGGCUACCAGGUUGAAGUUCUGGAGAAGACCAAAAGUAAAUCUCACGGGUGGUGGUGGUGGUACCAGUAAUAGCUUUGGCAGCAAUGGAUAUGGGAACAAUAAUAUGAAUGGUGGUGGUGGUGGUGGAAGUCAUAACAAUGGUAAUGGUUAUGGUAACGGCUACCCCAAUAACUCCAGCAAUAACACCUUCAAUUAUAGUAACAACAAUUUAAGUGGAUCCACCGCCAUGCCAUCAUCUGAAAUGUUGCCUUUACCUGGUGAUAACGAGAAGAAGGGAAGUCUUGGGACAUUUAUUACCAAAUCCCGGUCGACCAAUAUCUUGGACUCCUUUUUAAGUGGAGGUAAUAAUCAUAACUCCCAUCCUGAAGACUCCAGCAACGACCAGGCUCCACUUUUCAGUACGACAUUACAGAAACGGGCGACAUAUGAAGGAACAGAAGUGCCAUUAAUUAUCACCAAAUGCUUAGCAGAAGUAGAAAUGCGUGGCUUGGACACCGAAGGGAUCUACCGGAUAUCCGGAGGGAACUCUGCCAUAGUGGCCAUAGAAAAUGCGUUCUCAAGCUUACACCCUGAAGAUCAACUGUCGUUAGAUAAACUUGAAGAAUGUCUUAGUGGAGACAUAAAUGCUGUGACCUCGGCUUUAAAACGGUACUUGAGGAAAUUACCCGACCCCAUCAUCCCCUAUGCACUUUAUGACGACUUUAUUAGCAUCAGCACCGACAUUCCUCCUAAUAAGAAGGAUAGACGGAUCGGAGAGAUGAGAAUAAGAGUCAUUGACAGGCUACCUCCCGCUAACAGACAAACGGUCUUUUUAUUAUGUCAGCAUUUGACGCUCAUUGAUUCCUAUUCCCAAAUUAACCGAAUGGGGUUCAAGAACCUUUCCGUGGUGUUUGCUCCGACUUUGGCCGGUGAUAUCAAUGGAGAAAAGGAAAUGCUUAACAUGGGACACCGGAACGAAAUGACAGAGUUUUUGAUCUCAAACUAUAUUCAAAUCUUUGAAGACUAA